CGAGAGCGACCCGGCAGGGCAGGCCGGCGGACAGGCGAGAGAACCGGCAGGGCGGGAGGACUGGCAGAAGAAGGCGACCCACGGCGCUGGGGAUGUGACCCCGCGGCCAGACGAGGACCCCCGGGGCAUCCACAGGUCCUGCCCCUGGACCCCUGGCCCCCGACCCAGCCUGGCCAUGGCGCUGUGCCUGAAGCAGGUGUUCGCCAAAGACAAGACAUUCCGGCCGCGGAAGCGCUUCGAGCCUGGCACACAGCGCUUUGAGCUGUAUAAGAAGGCACAGGCAUCACUUAAGUCAGGCCUGGACCUGCGCAGCGUGGUGAGGCUGCCCCCUGGCGAGAACAUCGAUGACUGGAUUGCCGUGCACGUGGUGGACUUCUUCAACCGCAUCAACCUCAUCUACGGCACCAUGGCGGAGCGCUGCAGCGAGACCAGCUGCCCGGUCAUGGCCGGAGGGCCCCGCUACGAGUACCGCUGGCAGGACGAGCGCCAGUACCGGCGGCCUGCCAAGCUCUCGGCGCCACGCUAUAUGGCCUUGCUCAUGGACUGGAUCGAGGGCCUCAUCAAUGACGAGGAUGUCUUUCCCACACGCAUUGGAGUUCCCUUCCCCAAGAACUUCCAGCAGGUCUGCACCAAGAUCCUGACCCGCCUCUUCCGUGUCUUUGUCCACGUCUACAUCCACCACUUCGACAGCAUCCUCAGCAUGGGGGCUGAGGCGCAUGUCAACACCUGCUACAAGCACUUCUACUACUUCAUCCGCGAGUUCAGCCUGGUGGACCAGCGGGAGCUGGAGCCACUGAGGGAGAUGACAGAGCGGAUCUGUCACUGAGCCCAGGCCUGGACGUUGUUGCCCGUCAGAUGGAUUAUCUCUGUACAGAGUGGCUAGGGGAGAGGACCCUCGGGAGUCUGGUGGCAGAGGAACCUGCAGGCCCUGGGACCCGUCCACACACCCAAAGCCCCUGGACUUCUGGUUCUCAAAAGUCUGCCCACAUGUCUCCCCGACUGCUUAUGAAUGGGGAAGGGGAGAGCUUAGAGGUGGGCAAGGAGAAGGGAAGGAACAGCUAACCCUCUGGCAUGAAGUCUAGGGGCGGGGUAGGCUAGAGAGUUUCUGCUCUGAUACUUGACCCUUCCAUGGUGGUUCCCAAGUGUAUUUGGAAAAUGUGGAUGUGGCUGAGGUGAUGGCAAGAAAGAUACAAGAAAGCAGCCUGUGUGUGAGUAAGCACAGAUAACUGUGUGUGUGUGUGUGUGUAUGUGUGUGCAUGAUUUUGACUGUGGGGUAUGUCUGUGACAGCUAGCUCCCUUGACCCUCCCUGGCACACAGUAGGCCCUCCAUAAAUAUUAGGUACAUGGAAGGAAGGAAGGAAAGAAGAAAGUGAGCAGGGAUUGGGACCAUCAGACCGUGACCACUGUAGGAGUGAUGACAGGUCAGUGUCCCCACUCAGUGUGUCUGACCAUGUGUGUAAGUACACAAAAUGUGGCUGUAGAUGUAGCUCUAUGUUUGAACCUUCCAGGCUGCUGUCUUCCGUAAGCAUGAGUUCUGGGGAGCUGCAGGGAGGUAGGAAGGGGAGCCUUGCCCUGGGUACCUAAACCCCUGGCCCACCACAGUCACAGGUUCUGAUUUGCUCAGCCGGAAAUGCUCAUCAGCUAUCCUUUCACUCAUCCCUCUGCCUGUAGGAAGGCUUGAUUAUAGACAGCCUCCUGGGGAUUGGGAGUGAUCUGUCAUGUUUACAAAGGUCUCCUGGUCCUUAAAUUGGGAAUCAUGCUCCAGUCUAGCUCCUAGAAUCUAUAGACUUGGCUCCCAGGAUCUGAAGCCCAGCACAAGAUAAUCCUCCAACCCAAGGAGCUAGUGGAACUUGAACUGGGAAAUCUGGAGACUUGUCUCCCAUCGUGGGACAUCGAGGACCAUGUAGCUAGUGAGUGGACUCUUCCAGGCUUGGAGAGUUCUCAUUCUGCAAGAUCCUGCCUCCUUCCCAACCAUUCUUGAGAUAUUCCAGCUGGGUGGAUCUCAGAGCAUAGCUGUCCACAGAGAAACUGGGGUGUUCAUUCAGCACUCCAUUACUCAGCAGGCCCCUGCCCAGCCCUGUGCCCAGACCCACAGGUGGGGAAACUGAGGCAGAGACAGGGCUCUCCCCUCCCAGAGCCUCCACACUGGGAGGCCAGAUAGAGAGCCAGAAAGGACCUGAGGAUCAUCCAGUCUCACUCACAGAAUCAUCCACGUACACAGGAGGAAACUGAAGCCAGAAGGAAAGGAGGGAGAAGCUGUACAAGGCCUCACAGCAAAGUUUUUGUGGAGCUGGAGUAGAAACCAGGGGUCCUGACUCCCACCCAGGGCCUGUGGAUUGCUACAUAGGAAGAUGAGAUGCACGUGGAAAGAGGGUUUGACAGGCUGUCUCCAGGACACAGCUGUUCCUGCUUUGAGCAAGGAUGUCUAGUCUGAUGCCAGAGUGCCCUACUACCCCUCGGGUCUGCUGAGGUUGUCAGCUGAGCCAAACCUCCAAAAUCAUGCCUGUCUCCGUGGCCCAGCAGCUGCCUGAUCUCUGGGGAAGCAGAUGGGGCUCCUGGGGCCAGCCAGCUGCACCUGGGACUGCUGCCUCUGGAGAAGUUUCCCUGGAAACACACUGGCCCAGCAGCUUUGCCAGAGACUCUCGAGUGAGGGCGUGGGUCAGAGAUUCCCCCAGGGAGGACUGCACUGGGAGAUGAAUUCUAGGCUGUGGCCAUUGCUGAUUGCAGACGGGGGUAGGGGCGAAAUCUAUUUUUGUGAAAUAGAGGGAAGACUUUAUUAUUGUUAUUUUUGGUAAAAUAAAGGAGGCAAACUAAAGCGGCA